AUGGGGCCCGAAAACUGCUUUGGUAAUAUAAGUAAUAAUUCCUGCUCAAUGUACAAUAACUUCGUGCGAGACCUCGAAAGAUUUUUUUUAAGACUGAAUAGAAAUGGUUUGCCAAAAUGUCCGGAAAAGCCUGAAAGACACUGUUCUCUCUUUGUGGAUUUGGGUAGCAGUGAACUCAGGAAGGACAUCUAUAUCACUGUGCACAUUAUCCGAAUAGGACGAAUGGGAGCUGGAGAAAAGAAAAAUGCCUGCAACGUACAAUAUAGACGGCCCUUCGGCUGUGCAGUCCUCAGUAUUGCAGAUUUGCUGGCAGGAGAUUCGAAGGAUGACCUCGUCUUGAAAGUAUACAUGUGCAACACAGAGAGUGACUGGUAUCAGAUCCAUGAAAAUAUCAUUAAAAAGCUGAACGCACGUUACAACUUGACAGGCUCCAACGCAGGUCUGGCAGUUUCUCUUCAGUUGCUUCAUGGAGACAUAGAACAAAUUAGGAGAGAGUAUACAUCCAUGUUUACCCAUGGAGUAUCCAUAACAAGGAAACUAGGUUUUUCCAAUAUUAUAAUGCCUGGUGAAAUGAGGAAUGAUUUAUAUAUCACUGUAGAAAGAGGAGAAUUUGAGAAAGGAGGGAAAAGUGUGGCCAGAAAUGUGGAAGUGACAAUGCAUGUUGUGGACAGCAGUGGUCAAAUUUUAAAGGAUUUUAUCUCAUUCGGCUCUGGAGAGCCACCAGCCAGCGAGUACCAUUCCUUUGUGCUUUAUCAUAACAAUGGCCCCAGAUGGGCUGAGCUGCUGAAACUUCCGAUUCCUGUGGAUAAAUUCAGAGGAGCACACAUCCGCUGUGAAUUCCGGCACUGUUCCACGAAAGAAAAGGGUGAGAAGAAGUUGUUUGGCUUUUCUUUCGUGCCACUGAUGCAGGAAAACGGGAGGACUCUGCCAGAUGGCACCCAUGAACUCAUUGUACACAAGUGUGAAGAAAACACAAACCUUCAGGAUUCUGGUCGCUACCUCAAACUCCCCUUUUCAAAGGGGAUUUUCCUAGGAAACAACAGCCAAGCAGUAAAAACCACUAAAGAGUCCUUCUGGAUUACGUCCUUUCUCUGCUCCACUAAACUCACACAAAAUGGAGAUAUGCUUGACCUUCUGAAAUGGAGAACCCACCCAGACAAAAUUGCAGGUUGCCUCUCAAAAUUAAAAGAAAUUGAUGGUUCGGAAAUAGUGAAGUUUCUUCAAGAUACACUAGACACUUUAUUUGGGAUUUUAGAUGAAAACUCUCAAAAAUAUGGAUCAAAAGUAUUUGAUUGUUUGGUUCACAUAAUAAAUUUGCUGCAGGACAGCAAGUUUUACCACUUUAAACCAGUAAUGGACACUUACAUUGAAAGUCAUUUUGCAGGAGCACUGGCAUACAGAGAUCUUAUAAAAGUACUGAAGUGGCAUAUUGAUCGAGUCACUGAAGUGGAGCUGCACGAGCACAUACAGGAAGUACUAAAG